CAAGAACCAUCGAACUAUUCUCCGGUUCCUCAGUUCUGUUAAGCUCAUCGCAGAAAAAGGCUAAUUCAUUGACUGUUGCGUCAGAAUGACAUCACAACAAAAGCAAUGGUCGUGCUCUUGCAGUUUAAUUCUCGUGCUCGCAGUUAUUCUGUCGGGGGCAGGCUUGGUUAAUUCGACAUCCACACUUCCACGUCGAUCGCUCUCUCAAAGGGGGCAUUGUCGAUAUGCGGGCACACAUGGCAACACUAUCGGGUGCUGCUAUGGGUGGAAGAGAAACCGAGUUGGACAGUGCGAACCUAUCUGCCGUAAACCAUGUCUUCAUGGCACGUGCACUGGGGCAAAUAGAUGCACGUGCAAUAAAGGGUAUACUGGGCCAACGUGUAGCCAAGAUGUCAACGAAUGCGGAAACAACGUUUGUCAACACAGAUGUAUGAACACCGUUGGAAGUUAUCGGUGUUACUGUCGCUAUGGUUACUUACUUCUAGCGGAUGAGAGGUCAUGUCGAGCUGACAACCAGUGCAAAUUAGAUCGAUGUCAUUAUGGUUGUAUGAGCGGACCACUUGGAUACCAAUGUCUAUGUCCGAGUGGUAUGCAAAUAGGAACAGAUGGUAAAACAUGCAUCGACGUCGAUGAAUGCAGUACGAUGCGCAGUCCCUGUCCACGUCGACGACGAUGUCUCAAUACGUUUGGCAGUUAUAUGUGUCUAUGUGACGUGGGAUAUUCGUUUCAAUAUGUCAAUGGGAAACUACGGUGCAGAGAUGACAACGAAUGUGAGCUGAAUACACACCAAUGCAGUCCAGAUGCAUCAUGUAUUAACAACGUUGGUUCUUACCGAUGUUUCUGCAAAGACGGUUAUGUUGGAGAUGGUCGACUGUGUUACUCAAUAGACCCCCGCCGAUGUGAAGACAACCCCUGUUCGCCGCUGGUUUGGUGCACUGACGUUAAUUACAAAGCAAACAGCGUCGAAAAUGUGGUGGAGAAUGGACUGAUUAAGCUGUACGAAUGUGGACAAUGUCCUUUUGGUUAUACUGGGAGUGGUGAAACGUGCGCAAAAACCGACGUUUCCGUAACCGUGGUUGUCGUAGACAAAGCUGAACCUGAGGUACCAAUAGAGGGCGCAUACAUCAAGCUUCUCGCACCGGAGGAGACUGACCGAACAGUUACAUACUCUGAUGGAAUUUCUACGUUUAAUGGAUUAGUGACGUUGGUGGCGCCCACAGAUUCUGUCGUCAUUGUCACUGCAGCUAGAGAAGGAUACAUGGGAUCCUCGAUGACGUAUUUCGCUCUUGCUGACCAGAAAAACGUCAUUACAGUGUACAUGGAACCCCCGUCACGUGACAACACCAUUGAGUUCGAAUAUGACGUACGGAGGUCACGUGCUUUGGAGUUUCCAUUCAGAGGGGACGUCUUUUAUGAAUACAUUCUUCCUGAAGGUAGUCUAAAUGUGGCAGACGGGAAGCGAGUGACGGCAGUGUUCACAAGAGUCGACUUACCUGUUGACAUGAUGGACGGAAGCCCAGAACUGGUUGCCAUGGUAACGGAGAUCAGUAAUGAAGCAACAGAUGCAGGAUUACAGAGACGAAAUUUAGAAGCCUUUGGCAUGGCGGUUCUGAAGUUCUAUGAUUCUGACACUGAUCUGCCAGUUACGCUGAAAGCUCCCAUGACUAUUUCAAUGCCUUUAAGCGAAUCCGUUUCCGUCGUUGGGGGCGACAUACCUGGCUGGUUUUAUGAUGAAUUUGAAGGAGUUUGGUACCAAGAUGGCUCGGGACAGGUAAACUCACGUGGCGAUGGAUUUAAUACAUGGUCUUAUCAAACCAGUCGUACCACGUGGAUAGCAGCAGCCAAUCCGUGGUCUACCCAGACACACUGUGUACAGGUACAUGUAUGCUACGAUGAAAACUGCAACCAACCCGUUCCAAACUCAGCUGUAUGGUAA